AUGAAUGGCAGUGAGACGAGUGAAAGUCCCGGGCUCGGGUCUACUGCCAACAGCUCCACCGAUAACACUCCACACUACCCAGAAAACACACAGGUCGGCAUGUCUGGUUUGGAUCCGGUGGAUCUGGAGUUUCUUGUAAAGAAGGGCGCAUUUGUGUUGCCGCACCGGGAUGCCUUUGCUACUCUCUACGUGCCGACUGAGCUCCUCACCUCGUGUGGAUACUCAAACGUCACAGAGGCGCAGACGGCAUUUUUCAACAAGGCAUUGCUGCUACACGAUUUUCAAUGCGAGAAGAGUCAACUAUGCCUGCUUCAGGGAUCCCUAAUCCUGGGCACAACUGCCUUCUUCUACCCCAUCGACCGAGAUGUUCAGUACUGGUUCUUCAAUGCCGUCCGGCUUGCCACGAAAUUGGAACUCCAGAAGCUUGAUCAACUACGGAUUGCGGACACUCAGCUUCGCGGGCUAUAUAGGAGAAUUUGGUGGGUGAUCUACUGUCGAGAUGUGCUACUGUCAUUCCUUGGCAUGCAAAGUAUGCCUCUGGUCAGCGACAAGAAGAAGCUGCCAGCGUUGCCAACGGCCGAAGAUUGGGAGGUUGAGAGUGACAACAUAAACACCCUAUUCCCUUCCACGGUAACUCGUGAACAAGAGCUUCACUUCAUUGAUUACUGCAAAUUGUCUUUGCUGGGAAGGAAAUGGCUUGUUGGAAUAUCCGACCCAGAUCAGGUCAACGCUGAAACCAUGGCUCACGAGUUUCAUAAUUGGAGAAGUCAGCUUCGAGGAGCAAUCUACGCAGACCAUCACCUCACCGAUGGCCCCUACCUCACGGCCCUAAUCGCAGCCAGCUACAGGUUCGAGUGUAUCUUGUACAGGACUCUCAAGCUUCAUUGGAAGUCUAUUGGUGUUUCCCAGUACGACUGGGUACGAGGUCGACUUCGAUGCUCUAUGUUUGAGCUUGACACGCUGUUCGGCAGAGCGCUUGCAAAUGGCGAGCUUAGGAGCCUGCCCAUGUCGUUGUGCGUCUCCCCAACAGAGAGUCCCAAAAUCGAGAAUGAACGACUAACGAUUGAGCCUGGAAGCAAUUCCAAUAUACCAAUAGCGCUGGCCCUCCACAUAGAGACCGCUUUGGAUGCUGACGAGUCAAACGCAACCAAGUCCAUGUCGCUCAUCUAUAUUCGUCAAGGAUUGCUCAUUCUCGAGCAGCUUCAGGACUCGCCAGUUAUGAAGAGGGUAUUGUCCAUCUUUGAGUGGGCAUUAAUUCGAUUGGAUCUAAUCCCCGAGGUUUCUCAGGACAAGCAACUCAGUGGCGGUGUUCGUGCUGGCAGUGACCAGGACGGGUCUGUGGACCAGGUGGGAACCUCGACGGGUCAAGAAUUUGGGGAAAUGCUCGAUCAGAUGGAGCCGUGGUUUGGUGAUUUCCUCGGGCUUGACUUCCUCGAUAACUUGAGGUCGGGCGGCGAUAGAGGAUAA